CGGUAUAACCGGUUGCCUCUCUCCUCUUUUCUCUCUCCCACACACACCUCCAAUAACCGCCUUUUAAACCCCCCACUCAUCACUCUCCGUCGCUCCUCUUGAACCAUUUCUCUCUAUCUCUGCGCGUCUUUUCUUCAUUUCACACACAGAGAGAGAGACGCUGCAGAGACAAAAACAAAGACAAAUAUAUCACUCAUUAUUGACAUGGCUUCAUCUAAACAUUCAUUCGGAUUCGGAGUUAUGGCUAUCAUUGCCACUCUCAUUUUCACGAUUUCAUUCCCUGCCGCUGUUCAAGCUCAAACUCUUGCCCCUGCACCUUCUCCUACCAGUGACGGGUCAUCGGUUGAUCAAGGAAUAGCUUAUUUGUUGAUGUUGUUGGCGCUGGUACUUACGUACAUCAUUCAUUCGGCUGAUAUUUCAUCUACCUUCUGAAUUGAAUGUUGAUUUGUGAAAGAUGGUGUUGUGUUUUUUUUUAUUAAUGACUUAUGAUUAAUAAUUAACGUGUUUGUAGAACGCGGAGGAGAGGGGUAUAUGUAAUAAUGAUAGAUUGAGAGGUGUUUAUGUUUGUUUUCCUAGUCAAGAAAAGCAUAUGAUUCCUGACAUUGGUCGUUGUAGUUUAGUACCGAUGUUACAUUUAUCAUUUAUGUAAGUGGUGACCGGCCUAGGUAUUAUUAUUAUUGCAAUCUUGUCAAUGUUAUUUUCUCCUGGUAAUUUAAUACCAUCAUCUUUUUUUUGUUA